AUGUCAUCCCACUUGAUGGCCGAUCUGUAUGCGCAACAUCCCUGGCUGCCAACUGCGUACAGAGACGAGCCUACGAAAGACCGUUCAACCUAUCAACCUAUGCACACUACAAAGAUGCCCAAAGACCUUGCUACAGCCAAUCACCCUAUAUCAACAGUCUAUGAUACCUGCUCCGAUCAGAGCAGUGCAGAAAACCAUAUAUUUAACUCCAAAUCCAAUCCUCCAGCUGCGGUAAGACAACCACUGAAAAAGCGAACUCAAUCGCUGCGGCAGGAUCAUGGCCAUCGUGAGGUGACGGACGAGAAAUCAUCCAAUAUUCCCUCCAUCUUACGAAGACGUAAAAGCGAAACCCAAGAACGCAGUAAACUCCCGUUACAAUCCAUCAAACCCAAACCAUUCAACGAUACCACGAAAAUACCGACCACUGCCCCAAUAUUGCGGCGACACGCUUCUUUGCGGAAUUUUACCCCUGCAUUCAGCGAAACAUCAUCCUAUAACACCUCCACCUUGAUGGCGUCACCUAUGUUACCUACAUUAGGCAAUAGCAUAGCUGACGCAUCAACUUGUCUUUCCCCUCGCACUACUUCUAUGCAACAAUAUACGUCUGCAUUGCCGCUGAAUUCCAACUUUCGGCAUGACGCGUCACAAACCUACGUUCCCGGUGGCCGAUCUGACAAUCGGUCAAAAUACGAUCACCGAUCGACUGUCCGAUCUGUUGAUAUCUCGACGCAAACCGACGACCCUACUAUUUGGCGUAUGCCGCGAUCGAAAUCGUUACGUGAAACAGCUUACCUCGACCUUAAUAUCGAGAACAGUUUCAAAGAUCAAGAUGUUGCCGGUGAUCCGCUUUCCUGCCACGGCAAUACAAGAUCAAGAUCUCGGGCCUUCAAAUCACCUCCGCCUCCUGUAUCGAACGAUCUGGAUGAACCGCCGUCUGUACCAGAGAUGAACAUGCAACAGCGGAUGCUGAAGGCCAGUCUUUGCCAUGCUCUCCCUUCGAUCCCUGCGGCUAGAUGUGACAACACAGACGAGACGAGUACAACAGCACGGUCGCAGGCUACCGUCCGUGAGCUUGAUGUCGUUAAUAAUAUGAAGCGUAAACUGAGCUUGACCAAGCAACGAUUGAAAGAAGCCGAGAAGGCGCUCGCCGCGGCAGACAGCAAGUUGAGUGCUGAUCUUGGGGUACCGACGGACCGAAGAAGCUUACCUGCCGCCUUCGCUGCGCGAAAAAAAUCCAUUUCUUCCUUGCGUAUUACUUCGCAAGGAACUUUUCCGGAGCCUUCAGAAACCAAAGUCAAAAACCGGAUCACACCCACGCGCACCGGAAUCGCGGAUUAUUCCGGUUACUCACGCACCACCAUGGAUGGAUCACGUCGUCGAUCGGUGGUGUAUUCACCGCCACCCUCUCGUUCCAGCACGGGUUCUCGGCACGGGUUCAAGGAGAAGCAUGAGUCUUACCCUUCACUAGAGGACGACAUUGAAGACAGUGCGAUACCUCCUGUACCUCCUGUUCCCAAAAAGCACUCCAUGAAAGCAUCCAUCAAAAGCGAAUGUCUUGAUGUUCAUGCUUCACUUCUUAUCGGAGCCACACCAAAGACCCGCAACGAAACGGUUCCAUUGAUUCCUCAACCGCGAACUUCUUCAAUUCCAAAGCCAUCCACGAAAGCGUCUACAGCCAAUACAAGCUUAUUCAUUAACCCCACCUCAAAUUCUUCACGUUCCACGGUAAAACCUGCAACUACCUCCGACAGCAAUAGCGAGCGAAUCACCUCAUCUCAAAAAACGUUCGAUACCACAGGUGUUGUCGGCCUUACUAGUUCUUCCUAUCCCGUUCCAGAAGAUGAAUCUUUCAUUUCCGGAAGCGAGGAAACCAAGAGUACGAAUGCGAAUGCCAAGGCCAAGAAUAGAAGACGUGGCAAGUUUGGCUACUCCACCCGCGAUCCCGUCUGCACCACUGCCGCCGAUGAAGGUGGAACCGAUCAAAUUAAACAUGCCAGCGACCAAACCUUUGCACAAAUCGUCGUCUUUGCGUGGCAUUGCGUCUACACCUACACGUAUCCCGAUGCCGACACCAAAAAUGACGGUGUCAAGGUCCACACCACGCACGAGUUACAAGACAACGUCUGA